UCAAAUAUAAAAACAACAACAUAGUAACAGUCAAAUGAACAUUUCCAAAUGGAUCAUAUGAAAUUCUUGAUAAUAAUAAUUCAUAUUUUACAUACAGUGUCAUCAUCAUCAUCAGAAUCAUCUUCAGCAACAAAUUCACAAACAGCGAAUGUUAGUAGUUUUAGCAAUUAUAAUUGUAAUAAUCAAUAUGAAUAUCAAUGUUUAACAUCAUUUGAAUGUAUACCAAAAUUAUGGCGUUGUGAUCAAAUUGUUGAUUGUCGUGAUGGUUCGGAUGAAUGGUUACAAACGGAUUUUAAUCUUUUCGAUGAAGAUGUUGUUCUUGAUGAUCAAGUUUUUAAAUCAUAUGAAGGAUUAAUAUCAUCAUCGGUUAAUAAUAAUAAUGGUGAUGAUAAUGAAAAUGGUGAUGGUCAAGGAUCACCAACCAUUACAAUAAAUGAUGAAUGGUGUCAACCAUGUGGUCAACAUGAUAAAAAUGAAGAAAUAUUUCAAUGUCAACAAUCUGGUGAUUGUAUACCAAGUGGUUGGUUAUGUGAUGGUCAAUUAGAUUGUGGUAAAUAUACAAAUUAUAAUAAUGGACAAGAUAAAAGUGAUGAAUCGAAUGAUAUUUGUAAUGGAAAAAUCCAGGAAAAACGUUUGAAAUUAAUUAAUAUUCCAAAUUAUCAAUGGAAAUUGAAUCAAACAAAAUCAUUAUCGAUUGUACAUUUUAAUCAAACACAUUUACAACAAAUAUCUAUUGAAAAAUGGUCAUCAAAUCAAACAACACCAUUGAUUCAUUAUUAUGGUGAACAUACUACAUCGAUAACAAUUCGAGGACCAGAUUUUUGUUGGAUUGAAAGACAAUCAGUAAAUUGUUGGGAAUUUAAAUCAUCCAAACAAUCUCGAUUAUUAUUACCAAUUUAUAUUAAUGUAAAUCAAAUUGAUCGAAUCAUAUAUGAUUGGCAACAACAAUUAUGGUUUCUAUUGGAUCGUACAAAUGAAUUAUUGUAUCAAUGUUAUGAUCAUAGUAGCAAAUGUAUUGUACGAAUUGAUCAUCGUAUAUUGAGUAGACCAUUCGAUAUACAAUUUGAUUCGAAUGAAAGAAUAUUAUUCAUAUCAAGACAAGGUGAUCGUAUACAACGUCCAAGUAAAUUAUUAUCACCAGCAAUUUUACGAUUUCAUAUUGGAAAUAAUAAUAAUGAUAACCAUGAACGAAUUGUUAAUAUUUCAAUUGUUGAACCAAAAUAUAUGGCAUUAGAUCAAGUUAAACGACGUUUAUAUUGGAUUGAUACUAAAUUGGAACUUCUUCAAUCAGUAAACUAUGAUGGUAAUGAACGAUAUAAAUUUAAAAUCGAAUCAACCGUAGGUAGACAAAUGAUUGAAAGUUGGUUACACCUGGCAUCGAUGGCUAUGAUUGCCUAUAAUGAUUCGCUAUAUUUAUUAAAUCGAAAUGAAAUAAUUGAAAAAACUGUUCAUCAAACGAAAAUUCUCGCCACCAACAACAAUACAAGCAAUAUAAAGAUACCUAUGGAAGUAAACAACAUAACGAAUACAUUGAUCAAAUGGACUUUAACAUUGAUAACGAUUAAUGAUGGCCAAAUGAUGAUAAUGAAAAAAAAUCAUCAAAUUUUAUCCGAUUCAGAUUUGAUGAUGAUUUAUUCGACAUUGAUAUUGUCAACACCGAAAUUGGCAAAUCAAACUGUAGCAAAGAAAUCGUUAAUUUUAAACAAUGAUGAUGAUAUGAUCCACGAUGAUCGAAUCCUUAUAUAUUCUCGAUCACAGCCAGGUUUAAUACAAUUUAGAAAUUUAGAUAAAAACUUUACAGACGUGCUUCCAAUAACAUUUAGUCGAUCACCAACAACAUUCGAUAUCGAUCCAUUUGAUAAUGUCAUUUAUUAUCUUGAUGAUUUUAAAACAAAUCUUUUAUAUGAAGAUAUUGGUCAUCGUUUUAGGCAAUCAUCGAAAAUGGAUUCGACAAAUUACAUUGAUAGAACCAGAACAAUUGAUUUGAAAUUUUUUCGAUCAACAUCCAAUAUUAAUCAACCA